GUCGGUUGAUUCGUGAAAGAAGUAAGAGAUCUGCUUCGUGUUACGGUCGUAAUAACUGGAGUCACAACAGAAAAAGCAGGCCCUAUAACAAACGAUAUGACCGUGCGAACGAACGAAAGUGCAAUAUGAAGUAUCUCCUAACUUUAAUAUGCCUGAUAGUGGUUGGAGUUAAUAAAAACAGCGUAGGUGGCUCUGAUCCUAUGUAUAACUGUAGUAAUUGUGAACCCCAACAAAUACAUAUCGCUUUUGGGGAGGAGAACGACGAUAUAGUGGUAACAUGGACGACAAUCGGUGAUACCCAGCAAAGCCUUGUGCAGUUCGGGAUGGCUCAAGACCCUUAUUUAAAUUGGGAAGCCACGGGCCAACGCACCAGCUAUGAAAACCUUCGUGGUCAGUGGAUACAUCGUGUUGUUUUGAGAAAUCUUUAUUUCAAUACCACCUACAAUUACCGCUGUGGAUCCCGCUUUGCAUGGUCGAAAUUGUUCUACUACACCACGUUUCCCGAAAGACAGGCUGUGCUGCGCGCCGCUAUAUACGGAGAUAUGGGGGUUGAUAACGCACAAGCCAUCCCGUACUUGCAACAAGAGGCAGAUACCGACAGCAUACAUUUUAUUCUGCAUCUCGGCGACUUCGCUUAUGAUAUGAACGAUGACGAUUCGCAUAGAGGCGACCAGUUCAUGCAGAAGAUACAGCCGUUCGCAGCUAUUGUGCCCUUUAUGGUUUGCCCCGGAAACCACGAGUAUAGCAAAAAUUUCACACAAUACAAAAGCCGCAUGACCAUGCCCAAUUACGAACAGUCGGAAAGUAUGUUCUACAGCUGGAAUAUCGGCCCCAUUCACUUCGUGUCGAUCAACACUGAAGCGUAUUACUUUCUCAAUUAUGGCCUAGAUCCACUAGUCAGUCAGUUUCGGUGGUUGGUGAAAGACUUGAAAGAAGCCAAUUCAAAGAAAAAUAGAAAGAAGCAACCAUGGAUUAUAAUGUACGGUCAUCGCCCAAUGUAUUGCAGCGGAGAAGAGCACAAUAACAAGGCUAAUUGCCUCGAAGCGGCAACCAGGACUGGUCUAAAUGUACCUAGUUAUACAAAGACCUUCACCAUAGAACCUUUGCUUAUGAAAUAUGGUGUGGACAUUGCGAUAUGGGCGCACGAACACAUGUACGAGCGAACGUGGCCUUUAUAUGACUUCAAAGUGUACAAUGGCUCGACUGAACAACCUUAUUUGAACCCACGGGCUCCUAUACAUAUUGUCACAGGGGCAGGCGGAUGUUUAGAAACACCUAAUCAAUUUGUGCGCUUGCAAUCUGAUUGGUGCGCAUUCCGUUCGACCGACUACAGCUAUACUCGGUUGCACGCACACAACAAGACGCACAUCUACUUCGAACAGGUAAGCUUGAAUUUGAAAGGUAAAGUGAUAGACUCUUUCUGGGUGGUGCAGAAGAAACAUGGUUCAUUUCGUUCGAAGAAUCAUUAGCCCUCGUUAAGACAGAUUA